AUGCGCAAGAUCUGGCCCAAAGUUGAUACUACAUCCAAUUCACGCCUGUGUUAUCGCUCAGGCGGUCGCAAGCAAGAACUGGAAUGUGUAGCUAGGCACAAUCUGAUUGCAAUAUUUUUGCAAUAUUUUUCAAAAGUAUGGCUAGGGGAUCUCUUCGUGAUGACCACCUUCCAAAGUCUGUCGGUGCUUCAGUCUUUUGUAAAGUUCGAACCUAGAAAUCAGCUCGGAAAUAAAACGUACAUCUGUUUUCGACUCGCACAACCGCCGUCGCAAUUGAAGCAGAAAACCCUCAACCGCAAACAACUCAUUAACAGUAUUUCCGAUUUGCAGAAGGCAGUAAUCUGUGCUCUCCUUGCGGUGGCGGUCGCGGCGCCGCAGGGCUAUCGCGUGCCCACUCCCGCACCCACUUACGGCAGCGGCCCCGUCGUCCCCAUCCUCGUGGACAACCGCGAAGGACCUGAUCAGUUCGGCAACUACAACUUCAACUUCGAGACUGGCGACGGCAUCAGCCGCCAGGAGCAGGGCGCUCCCCAGGGCGAGCUCGGCGCCGUGGCCUCGCAGGGCGGAUGGAGCUUCACCUUCCCUGAUGGCACUCCCGCCGUAUUCAGCUUCGUCGCCGACGGCGCUGGCUACCAGCCCCAGUCAGACCUGCUGCCCACGCCCCACCCUCUCCCCGCCCACGCGAUUGCGCAGAUCGAGAAGGCUCGCCAGGAGGACGCCCUCGGCGCAAACCGGCCCUCCGCCCCCAGCAGGGGCUACGGUCUUCCCUAAAAAAGUUUUGUGAAUAUGCCCGUUAAUUGUCCAUUGUCAGUGUAUUUAUAUCGUUCGACAGUACCUCACUUCCUCAUAUUUAAUUUUGCAUGGCAUCAUUUGUUGUUGGCAUGUUACUGUAGCAAUAAAUAUAUUUUGCAUGA